ACUACUAACUUCUGCAACCACAUAGGGGUUCACCACCCAAAUUCUCAAUCCUUCAUCAAGCCAUUACCGGGAAGACCAUUAAAGCCUGUUUUCUUUGCCAACUCCAAGUCAAGAGCCAGACUUAAAGUGCAGGCAACUUUAAAAGAAAAGGCAGUGACAGGACUCACAGCAGCUGCUUUAACAGCUUCAAUGGUAAUACCUCAGGGGGCUGCGGCAGCUGGACCUGUUGUCUCCCCUUCUUACAAGAACUUCUUGCUCAGCAUCACCGCCAGUGGAGUCGUGCUUGGUGUAAUUGUUGGAGCCAUUAUUGGGGUCUCAAACUUUGAUCCUGUUAAGCGAAGCUGAGUAUCCGAAAUUUCUGAUUAAAUUCCCUUCUUCUCUUCGCUGCAUUAUUGUUGUUUUGCAUUUGUUCAUGUUUGUAAUUUGCAAGACCU